AUGGUUACAUUACAUAGGUUUAUGAUAUCAGGGCCACCUGAGUUUCUAAACAACUGUAUAGAAGCUGAUGAAGAAGCUACAGCUAGAGAUGCUGAGCACGCUAAGCGUCUUACCUGCAAAAAGAAGAAAGCUAAACCUAAAGGUGUUGUCGUGGAAGCAAAACCUCAACUAGUAGGGAUCCAUGAGAGAGUAAGAAACGAUAUCGAUGAACCACCACCAUCUUCAGAGAAUGGUGAGAAGCGGAUAUCUACUGCAACCAAUCCUAAUGCAGAAGAAGCUGCAGAUCUCUUAAGGAUGUGUCUGCAAUGUGGAGUGCCGAAAACAUAUACAAGCGCGAGAGGGAUGGUAUGCCCGGUUUGUGGUGACCGGCCGUUACCGGACUCGGACGCCAAGAAGAGAGGCUCUGCGAUCAAAGAUAAAGAGAAGAGCAAAAGAAUGAGAGGACAAUCCUCUCACGCUUCUUGGAAAAGUGAAACCGAGAUGCAACUAAGGCAACAUUUCAAUUAGUAUGCUUCAGAACCUUCUUCUC